CUCCACUCUCACUCUUUCUCUUCCUCUCUUUCUCGCUCCCUCCACUCUCUCUCUCCCUCUACUCUCUCUCUCCCUCUCUCUUUCCCCUCACUCUCUCCCUCUCCUCUGAAUGCCAGCCCCCAGCGUAGUCGCUGGAGAGUGGAAGCGGUAGCGGGUGUGGGGGCGGCAGCAGCAGCAGGAGGAGGAGGAGGAGGAGGAGGAGGAGUGUAGGAGUUGCUCUUCGUCCCGGCGUUCCGUGUGGCUGUCCCAGCGGAGGACGUGAGCCGGUGGGACCGUUCCCCUCUUCUCUCUCCAGCCGGAGGCGUGAAAGUUUGCGGUGGGACCGGACGGCGCUCUGCCCGCCUGUUGGGAGGGUGUUUAAAAGCCUGGAGAUGGGAAACUGCUCUCACUCGCCCGUCUGGAACCUUUAAUUACAUUUUUAAGCAACGCCUUCUUUCACGUUGAUUUUUUAAAAAUUGGGUGAACUUUCCCACGGUGCUCUGGGGCUGGACGUGUUCCUGGAGGAGGCAGAUGGAGGCUUCCUAACAUGUGAUUUUUGGAGUUUUGGAAAAAUUACGUUUGUUUUGCACAUAGCAAAAGUGGAUUAACUACCCCCUCCCCCCCCUUCCGCCCCUGGUUUUCUGCUGGGAGGGGGCACUGCCUGUACCUGGGGGGAGGAGUGUCAGGAGGAGGGGGCGGGUGAAAGCGGACCCCCCCGCGGGCCUGGGGGGCCAUGGCAGCCCUCGCCAGCUCCCUGAUCCGACAGAAGAGGGCAGUGAGAGAGGACCAGACCAGCCGUCCCGUCACCAGCAAGCGCAAGCCCUCCCCCAAGAGCAACAAGUCCCUGUGCCAGAAGCAGCUCCUGGUGCUCAUCUCCAAAGUGCGUCUGUGCGGAACACGGAGAGGAAGGACAGAGAAGAGACCCGAGCCGCCGCUGAAAGGCAUCGUUACGCGGCUGCACUGCAGACACGGGUUCGACCUGCAGAUCCUGCCAGACGGCACUGUGGAGGGAACCCGCGACGAGACCAGCCCCUUCUCCCAGUUUAACCUGGUUCCAGUGGGUCUGCGCAUAGUGGCCAUCCAGGGGAUGGAGGCAGGGCUGUAUCUGGCCAUGAACAGCGAGGGAUACCUGUACACCUCCGAGCACUUCACGGCGGAGUGUAAAUUUAAGGAGAGUGUGUUUGAGAACUACUACGUGACGUACUCCUCCCUGCUGUACCGGCAGAGCCAGUCUGGCCGGUGCUGGUACAUCGGCAUCAACCGGGACGGCCAGGUCAUGAAGGGGAACCGCGUCAAAAAGACCAAGGGCGCCGCCCACUUCCUUCCCAAAGUUAUCGAGGUGGCCAUGUAUAAGGAGCCUUCUCUGCACGAGCUGGCAGAGCAGAGCCCCCCCAGGAAGACGGUGAAGACGGGCGACUCGCCCUCCCCGCCAAAACCGGACUCCUCGUAGCCAGGGGAACGCCACUGCAGCUACCCACCAUGCACUGGGGCAGCACAGCCCGCUCCACGGGGCUCCAUGCGCCAAAAAGGCUCUGAUUGGCUGAGAGAAUCAGCCAUGGGCAGGGCUGGGAUUGGGAUUGGCUGAGAAAAUUAGCCAGAGGCAGGGCUGCAAGGGUCAUCAAAUCACCAGGAAGUUCAGGCGAGACCCGUGAACUGUCUCCAGUCACCUUUCAACUUUCACACCAAGUUCUGCUGCUCUCAGGGUUGCCAUGGGAAUCAAUAAUCUCCCACCAGCCAGACAGCCUCCUAUUUCAAUACCAAACAACCCGCUCCCCCACUCCUGUUUCUCCUGCUCCUCAAACCCGUUCUCCCUCUGCAUGCCGGCACUUGCACCAGUGUUCCAUAUGACAUCACAAUCACCUUUGUGAGCUGUUUAUCGCCGUGGCGACCCCUCAGGGCCAGCCCACAUGGCUGUGCGUGGAGAGGCCACGUUCCAGCAUUCCUGAACUGAGCGCGGUAACCACGGCGAUCUGGCAGUGCACUUCCUGCUGAUGGGAGGUUCUGAGAGUGGAGAUCGGAUCAGAACAUCCCGGGGUACAGAGAGAGGCUCCAGAACAAACACACACUUCCACCCCCCCCCCCCCCCCAGCCCACCCCCA